CGAAGUUUUCCUUGAGUGAAAUAUUUCGUUCUACGAGAUCCCUAACCCUGAUUCUCGACUGGGGGAAAUGGGCACCCCCUUUCCCUUCUUUCGGCAGCCUCCCUCCAACAUCGACUUGAAGCCAGCCAGCCAGCCAGCCAGCCAGACAGCCAGCCAGGCAGACAGGCAGACAGACAGCCAGACAGCCAGACAGGCAGACAGUCAGACAGCCAGACAGAGACAGACACCGGAGAGGGUCAUGACAUAGAGAGGCUGGGAGCGUCAUGCCCAACGCGGCAAUCCUAGUAACUACCUCCAUUCAUUUAUUCGCACAGUCGUAGGGCCAUGACGAACACACGUGUGUCCGAUCCCCCGAACAACCAGCCGUCCACGCACACACCGCCCUCGCCCCCUCCGCACACCCCUCCCGCCAUGACACUCGGUUCAACAAACGCAGCCAAGAGCCUCUCGUCCUCUGCUGUGUCGCCCCACAGCCGCAACGACCGAAUGUGGCGGUCAACGAAGUGGGCCAGAUAGCGAUCGGAUGCAAUGGCGGUCUUCACGUCAGGGGGAAGGGCAGAGAACCGAUCCAGCUUCGACUCAUCCCCUUGCGGCGCGAAGAAUAGGUGGAUGGCGUUGGAGAGGACGAGAAGAGGGGCUGGUCGGCGUUGGUUGAGGCGAAUCAGACACAGCUCGCGGAACCGCUGCAAAAGGAGGUGGAUGGCCUCAUAGUCAUACAGCACUGCGCACACACAGACACGCGUCACAUGGGGGGCUUUCUCUCCCCUCUUAUCCACUUGCCGUCAGCUCCGAUGAGGACGUCUAUGUCACCCCGCCGCACCUGCUGGACAUCGGCAUCAGACCAGCCAAACUGCUCUGCAUCGACGGCGUCCGAUGACAAGCCGUCGAGCGACUGCAUCUGCCAGUCGAAGUGCCGGACCGACACAGCGGUCGCAUUGUUCUGCUGCUGGUUGUGGAGGCAUAUGCACAUGGUCAGGUAGUCUCGAUCUGCACACCACAGACGUGUCAUCGCACACACAUCGACGAAUGAAUCCGGGUGUCAUGUCAGCCCACCUGUCAGGAUGCAGCUGGUAGCCCCACACCUCUGGCACACAAUGCCGGCCAGGCCGACGCCCGAACCCAGCUCAAGCACUCGCUGCGACCAGCAAUGCGUACCCUCAGAGCACAAGCGGGUGUGUGUGGGUGGCAUCCGUCCAAGCGCACCUUCUGAUGAAUGAGUCUUCGCCCCAUCGGUGUCUGCAGAAACUCUGCCAGGCGUCGUGCUGCAUCCCACAGCUGACAAUACAACAGCUGGCAAUUCUGCUCGCCCGUGUUCAAUCACCUUGGUUCCCGAGUGGUCAAAUGAGCACAGGGAUGGGUGACAGGCAUCGUCAAAAGGGGCAGCCGUAUGGUCAGCGUCGUGGGGUAAGCACGCCAAUCGGAUCUCGAAAGCACCGCCGAAGUCAAGGUCGCCAUCACUAUCCAUAAAUGGAGGCGCCGCAAGCCUGAAAAGAGAAGGAAACGAGCACAGAGUCACAGCACAUGAAGGUCGCUCGAGAGCAUCGACCUCACCUCACUGUUGGCAGCCACCUCCGUGCAAACUCCGGAAUGACGUUCUCCAUCGGCCACACUGAAGGCUCCUGCUCAAGAGGCGAGAGGCCGACAGUCGUGAUCUGGCCUCCGGCUCUCCUGCACAGCACAACACAGCAAAGAUCUGACAUUUGACAACGAAAUCCAUGAAUCAAAGAGCUUGUUCCGACCUCACCUAUCGAAUGACUGCCGCCGUUCACCUCCAACUCGACGACUGCGCUCA